AUGUUAUUUGAGAUUUCUUUGAAGAGAGACAUGAACUUCCUUUACUUUAUAGUGGGCGUUCUUGCGAUCCUUGGCGAGACUGUCAAGACUGUAGAAUGUUUUAGCACCCCCACAAUCGCCAGCGCCACCAAGUGCAAUGGUUCCACGAUUGGUGACUGCAUUCCGGUAAAUGAAGAGUUUCUGAUGGAAUCAGAAAUAAGCAUAAGGAUUUUGGAUCAAAAGUCCAACGGGGUCAGUUACCAAACUUUCAUGAAAACCAAAUCCUUUUGCGAUGCAAAUGCAUACGGUAGUUGUAUGGGAAAUAUGAACACGAAUUUCAAAAAUCGCCCUUGUAACUCCCCUAAUCUCUGCGGUAGGACCGCGACAUGA